AUGGCCCCGAAACGCAUCGUACUCCGCUUCCACGAGAAAUACGAACGGGAUCCCGCGACGAUAACCCAAAAGUUCUUUGAAGCGAUCAAUAUUGAUCCCCAAGACGACUACUUUCCACAUCUGUGUCCUCCGGAUGAUUCCACAAAGAUGCACCUCGUCAUCGAUCUGUAUUGCAAGUCUUUCCCCUCGGUGAACCUUGAUCAGGUGUCCCACGAGGUUUACAGAGUCAAAAAGCCGGAUGAUGACUUGUUAGUUUGA